AGUAAGAACAAGAACUGCAUAGUUUGGUGACUGGAGUGUUUUUUUGUUGGUUGAUCUUGUUCACUGUUCCUUCCCAGACCCACCUCUGAGUUCAAAGUAGCCAUGGUUUUUUUCUUGAGCAGGGUCAACUUGUUCAUCGCUUUUCAUCUCCUUUUAGUAACACCCAUCUUCGCAGAAUCCUCCUUCAGCUCAAAUGCAAUCUCCACCACCAAGUUCCUAGAUUUAGCGAAGGAUCCUCAGCUUUUUGAUUGGAUGGUGGGUAUUAGAAGGAAGAUUCACGAGAACCCAGAACUGGGUUAUGAGGAAUUUGAGACCAGUGAACUGAUAAGAGUGGAAUUGGAUAAAUUGGGCAUCUCAUAUAAAUACCCAGUUGCAGUCACUGGUGUUAUUGGCUUCAUAGGGACUGGCCUUCCUCCUUUUGUAGCAUUAAGAGCUGAUAUGGAUGCUCUUCCUAUGCAGGAAUUGGUGGAGUGGGAGCACAAGAGUAAAGUACCUGGAAAGAUGCAUGCUUGUGGUCAUGAUGCUCAUGUCGCCAUGCUUCUCGGUGCGGCAAAGAUCCUAAAAAAGCAUGAAAAUGAGAUUCGAGGAACUGUUGUUCUUGUUUUUCAACCAGCAGAAGAAGGAGGUGCAGGGGCUAGGAAAAUUUUAGAUGCUGGAGUAUUGGAAAAUAUAUCUGCCAUAUUUGGAUUACAUAUUACACCUACCUUUCCUAUUGGUGAAGUGGCUGCCAGGGCAGGUCCUAUCUUUGCAGGAAGUGGUUUCUUUGAAGCAACAAUAAAUGGCAGGGGAGGUCAUGCAGCUAUCCCUCAGCACUCUAUAGACCCAAUAUUAGCAGCUUCCAAUGUGAUUGUUAGCUUACAACAUAUUGUAUCUCGUGAGGCCAAUCCUCUGGACUCCCAGGUUCUGACUGUAGGAAAAUUUCAAGGAGGUGGUGCUUUCAAUGUUAUUCCAGACUCUGUCACAAUUGGUGGCACCUUCCGAGCCUUUUCAAGAGAAAGCUUCAUGCAACUGAGACAUCGGAUUGAGCAGGUUAUCACCGGGCAAGCUGCUGUGCAGAGAUGCAAUGCAACGGUGAACUUUCUUGAUGAAGAGAAACCCUUCUUCCCCCCAACAGUGAACAAUGGUGACUUGCAUGAGUUCUUUCAAAGUGUUGCUGGGAGUUUAAUUGGUGCCAAUAAAGUUAAGGACUUGCAACCAUUGAUGGGAUCUGAGGACUUUGCAUUCUACCAAGAGGUUUUUCCAGGUUACUUCUUCCUCCUUGGAAUGGAGGAUGCCUCUGUUGAGCGUCUUGAGUUACCACACUCACCAUAUUACAAAAUCAAUGAAGAUGCACUUCCUUAUGGAGCUGCACUUCAUGCAUCAUUAGCUACUACCUACCUUCUUAAAUUGAAUCAAGAAGUACCAGUAGUGGAGGGAAAACAUCACGAUGAAUUAUAGCACAGUUCAUUGCAAGCCAUGAUGUUGGGUUAUUUAUUGGUGCAAUCUCGAGGUACUGGGGCAUUGGUUUUACACAUCCUUUGCUGUAAAUGUAUCCUAUUCAAAUUGAAUAAUUCCAUAGAGCUUCUACAUUGUAAUCAUUGACCCUGCUGAUCAAAGGGGUAAAUCAAAUUGGAUAGAAGAGGCAACUUUAAUUUGAUAUUUUCUGCAAUUUCAAACUCAUUCAAGCA